UAUCUCGUGCAUUGAUGGAUUGAAUCCUCCCGUCUAGAAUUGGGUCUGUUGUUGUCGUCAUUUUUAGAUCGAUAUGUGCUCUGGUUUCGUGGUUGCAUUCAAUUAUAUGGUUUUAGGGAGAAAUUGUUGAGAUUUUGUUGCUUGUUAAUAGGUGUAAUUGGGCCUAAAUAGAUGAAUCUCACCCAUUUUUGGCGUUGGGCGUGAACUAAAAUUUUCUUUCUAAUGCACUAACUUUCUAUUGCUUUAAUUUUUCCUAAGCUUGCAAAGCUAGAAAAGGGCAGAAGUUUGCUUUUUGAUAACGUUAUGUUAUGUCAUUUUUCGAUUACAAGGUCGGUCUCCUUGAAGCAACGACUUCUCUUGUUAUUCUUUGAUCAGUUAUUGUGCAGAUAUUAUGUUGAGCAAUGUUUCGAGAGUAACAUACUGUAUCACUUGUGUGAAGUCAUACUUAUUUACUGGUCGGAUCAAUGAGAGCAUUUCAUCUCUAAAGACCCUUUAGCUUGAAUAUGUCAACGAAUCUUCUAUCGACUUUAGUUUUGUGAUUUAAUUUUCCAUGGUUGAUAAAUAAUUAAAUAUGAAUCUCGAUCAUUCACUACUGUCAUCUCAAUCGUAAGGACUGUACUUUUAUCCGAGAGUGGACAAUGAAAUAUGUUUUGGUUACUUUGGUAUUCUGCAAUAGAUGAGUUAUUUUCAUGAAUCUCGUACAACCAUUAAUUACAAAGUGAUGAAAUUAUGCUGGAUGUCUGAGGAACCCUUUAGGUCAAGAGCGAAGCUCAUUGAGAAGCAAAAACUUUUCCAGAGCAUUCACAAACACAUCCAUUUGAAGCAACCAAUGGAUAAGCUCACAUCGGUUGCCAUUCCUUUGGCUUUGGCUGGCUCUUCGUUGUUUCUUAUCGGAAGAGGGAUCUAUAACAUGUCUCAUGGAAUUGGAAAGAAAGAAUGAGGAAAAUACCUUCCUUUUUUGAGGAUCCUGGAACAUUUUUUGCAAGUUUUGAUCUAGAAGCUUUUAUCUUGAUCAUUUAGUAUCUGCAUUUUUUAAUUUCAAUAAUUUCUGAUUGCAUACUAUUUGACUUUUGAAUGUACAUUCUUUGCCAUCGAAGAAAGCAUUCCAUUUAAGUUUGUUUGA